CAGAUAUGCAACGGCUGCUCGCAGGAGGUUGCAUAUUUCGAAUGGCAAUUUAUAGUGUGCAGAGCAACGUAUCGCGUGCUAGUUCCGUUCAUAGGAUUAGACGAAAUUCCGAAGGCGAUCCUCCGGUUUUUGAAGAAAUGCGCGUUUUUGGUGCAAGUGCAACCCAUUUUGCGCAGUUUCCAUGACCCAGAUUACGAUGGGGAGUUCGCUCGCCUUUCGGAACAGCUGUUGGCCGCGCGAACAUGUCGGCCGCGGGGAAACGCUUGGAUAUUUCGUGGACUGCGCGCGCCACUUGGCGGCGAAGCCGCCACAAUUUCCAGGGCUGUACCAACAGCCAACCGAUUAGGUGUCACGCGAUUCUUCAAUUUCAUCGACGCGAUGCGACUUUCAUCGGAAGAUGUCUGGAGACUAGUUUCCUCGCGUGAUUUCCCGCGGCAUAGAGACUUUGCACGAGUGAAAACCACCGAAACCGAUUCGAAGCCAAAGAAAUGGGAUCCGUUUCGGUAAAACGACCCGCCGAAAUAGUAUUACACACGAUUUUCUGUGCAUCAUGCUGACUGGCUCCCGUGUGUCGCUUUUUCUAACUUUUUCCGUUUCGUACCGUUCGCAGAAAAUGUUUCGCGCUGUUAUUCAAGUUUGCACAUACAUACACGCAUCUCGCUCGGCCCGUGUCAAAUCGCCGUCUACUAUGGCGUAAUUAAAAUUCCAUAUGCUGUGAGAACUACGGAUAGUGUACCAGCGGAGCAGAAAUCUCGGGUUGUGUGUGGCUUCAUAGUUAUUCAUCAGUGUAAUGUAUAAUGUACUAUUAAACGCGAGGUGCGAAAUUACUCGAAUGAAAGUUUGACGUCGUGUUAUUCAAGACUGUGUGCUAUUUGUAUCGAUAGACAGAAACUUUUUAUUGUGACGAGUGAAUUUUUCAGAAUGUUCCCCCGAUCGCGUAACGAGCUCGAGUUAUUACGAUAACGCGUGUGUAAGACAGAAAGAGAGGAGAACAAUGGUGAAAUAAAUAAAUAGACACGAGUGGAUGUUGGUCGCUUUUCAAAAUCGUAACGCGGAAAAGAGUUGUCAGCGAUAUCGUCCGGAGAGCGUGGUUCGAGCGACAGGCGGUAUAGAAAAAUACGAUUCCGGACAAACUCACGCGUGCGUAAUUGUCAUGUUAAUACGUUUACGAACGAUUCCGCCGUAGCGAUUCCAUUCCGAGUGAUUCCGGGCAUCGUGAGCUUGGUUCGUGGCGGUUGUAGUGUCCGUGCCGAAGACAAGACCCGUGGCAAAAAGAUACCGUAGAAUAAUCGAUGCAGAAUUAAUGAAAGUUCUGAAAGAGAGAAGUCUCUCUACGGCGAGGGCCAAUGCGUGUCACGUAUAUGCUUUGCAGGAGGUACCCGAGUGGUUGGUAACAGAGACGCUUAGCGGAUGAAUACGGUCCUGCUUGAUCCCCUCCACCUUCCUCAUCCCGCUAUACGACCAGUCAGUUCCUUGUUUGCCAUACAAAAUCCAAUAGUUUGCCUUGUACCUCGAGAGUGCGAGUAUGUCUUUUGCAUUUACCUUUUUUCCCGUUGGAAAAAGUGCGGUAAUCCAUUCGAGAUACUCGCGAAAAUGUGCAUUUUAUUAAGUUUGUUUACACACACGACGAGAUUUCGACGGUACUGAGAACAAGACCCGGGGAAGAGAGAGCAUAGUGAAUUCCUGUCGCGAGCAGAGGCCGACCGGCCCGUUAAGGCUUCUAAGAUUUUUUGGUCGUGAAAAAACAACGGAGCCGAAGCUUUUGUGCAGAAAGUCAGUUCGGACCCGCCGAGAAAUAGGACCGAUUUAGAGCGGGCGAGGUGGUGCGAGUGCCGAGAGGUGUACCUCGAGGUGGUUCCUUCGUAAAAGGAACACGGCAGGACGAUUAUUUUCACUGGAGCUCACGGGAAAAUGUGUUAUGUAUUUACGUGGAAUAUUGCGUAACGUCGAGGGCCGGGAAGUGUUUGGAAACGUGCAACACUGACAAACCUCGCUUCGACGACUUCACGGGACGGACGGUGCGCGUCCGUGCAGCUGGCUUUACCGGCUCUAUUUCGUCCCUCUGCCCCAGCAAAAUCCCCUCGCGAGGCCCGACACCGCGAUCCAAAUUUUACCAAGAAACAAAUCCCGACGACCGACCUAUCUCCUCCACCGAAGGGCACAACUUUCAUCGGCGAUUCACCAUUUCACCUCGACCACUUGCUCCUGGACACCUCUUCUCUCGAUAUCACCCUGGUGCAAGGACGUUCAACUUCUUUUCAGAUGGAAAUUGGACCACUAUCUCUCGAUUUGUAGCAUUUCCAAUGUGAUCUGCAAUGAAACGCGUUCGCGGGCUGGACGAGGUAGCAUCACCAGCAGCAGCAACAUUAAAGCACUCGUCAGUGAGUGCAGGAAGUGGCUUAGGUGGCGGAGGAGGUGGUUUGGAGUAUCAUUCAAGCAGUGGAAUAGGCGUUGUUGUACCUGGCCAAGCAGUUCGAUCAGUUACUUCGAAAGAAAUGCCGGGAAGUAUACAAUUCGGAAGUGCCCAAGCUCAACAGCAAUACACUGGAGCAAUUGUUGUGCCCACCGCGGCUCCGUCCCCCAUUAAGGGAAGUGGAUCUGCAGGACUUAGUACUACGUGUAGCAGUAGCAAUGUAAAUACUGGUGGAGGGUUGCAUAGUGGGAUAGGUGGUGGGAGUAACCAUAGUAUGGGUUCUCAACAACCUGCACCAGGAACACAAAGUCAAGUUCACAGCCAGCAACAACCAACAAUAAGGCACAAGGUCCACUCUGGCAAUGUAAUGUCACUAACUUCUACGCCGCCGGGCUCUAGUCUAGGUGGUGGUAGUGGGUCCCAACAGUUUCAGAGAUUAAAAGUAGAGGAUGCAUUGUCUUACUUAGAUCAAGUCAAGUACAAAUUUAAUGAUCAGCCACAGGUGUAUAAUGACUUCUUAGAUAUUAUGAAAGAAUUUAAGUCGCAGAGUAUAGACACUCCAGGAGUUAUAACACGAGUGAGUAAUUUAUUCAAAGGACACCCCGAGCUUAUCGUUGGUUUCAACACAUUUCUUCCACCUGGAUACAAAAUAGAGGUGCAAGCAAAUGAGCAAGGAUACGCUUUUCAAGUAUCCGUCAGUAUGCCGAGUCCCACACCUACCCUGUCGCAACAUUGCACUGUCAAUGUUGGUUCGCCUCCAAUAGCGAGUCCACCGACACAACCAGCAAAAGCUCCCCCCGUUUUACAAAUAAUGCACGGGUCUGGGAAUAUACACCAAUCUCACAUCUUAAAUAACAAUUCCAACAGCAGUUUAACAGUGCAUGCACCAUCACCACCACCGGUGCAGACGUACAACAAUUCACAUGUUAGUGCAGCACAAGCUCAGGCUGUGAGCCAAGCAUUGAGUCAGGCCCAGGAUGGUAUAGCCACUAGUGGACAGACACAACAAAGCCAGCCAGUUGAAUUCAACCAUGCAAUCAAUUAUGUUAACAAAAUCAAGAAUCGUUUCCAAGGCCAACCGGAUAAAUACAAACGGUUUCUAGAAAUUUUACACACCUACCAGAAAGAGCAACGUAAUUUAAAAGAGGCUGGGCACUUGGGUGGCACGAGUGGGUCCGGUGGGACAGGUAGUGCGAAACACUUAACGGAAGCAGAGGUUUACAGUCAAGUUGCCAAACUGUUCGAGAACCAAGAUGACUUGCUUGCCGAGUUUGGACAGUUUUUACCGGACGCCACCAAUCAACAGAGCUCACUGUCUGUUAUGUUUCAGAGUAACAAGACUGCUACUGUUAACGAUCAUACUACAAUCGUGAAGAAGCCUAUGGGACCUAAGGUACCCUACAACAAUUCGGGAAACAUAUCUCGGGAACUUCGGGAGUCCAGCGGCACUGGCACAGUGGAACGUGAAAGUCGCGACCACAGAGAUCGUGAACGAGAACGGGACAGGUCUGGCGUGCGGGACAUCAACAGUGUGCAGAAAUUCGUGCACAACACGGGACAGUUAAAGAGGAGUCCGUCAUUCUUGCCUUCUGUAACAGCCGGCAAUUCUCACCACAUACAGCAUGGCCCACCACCAUUGAAGAAACACAAAGUGUCCUCCAUUCGCGAAUGCGUUACCAUAGCAGAGGCUGGCAAAUAUGGCAGUUUGAACGACUAUGCGUUCUUCGAUAAGGUUCGGAAAGCGUUAAGGUCUCAAGAAGUAUAUGACAAUUUUCUGAGAUGCCUGGUCCUAUUCAACCAAGAAAUAGUUUCCAAAUCUGAAUUAGUGCAGCUGGUAACACCUUUUCUUGGUCGCUUUCCUGAACUGUUACGGUGGUUCAAAGAUUUCCUGGGACAUUUGCCCGAGUCUUCGACUGCCACUACAACCAACGCGUCCAGCAACAUGAACGUUGAAGCGUUACCAAAUAACGUCGUAAGAAGUCAUCAAGACCGUCCUCAAGGUGAUCUCGCCAUGGAGAUCGACUAUGCGGCAUGUAAACGUCUAGGAGCGUCGUAUUGCGCGUUACCAAAGUCUUACGUUCAACCAAAGUGUACAGGCAGAACGCAGUUGUGUAAAGAGGUUCUCAACGACACAUGGGUGUCGUUUCCGACUUGGUCCGAAGACAGUACAUUUGUAACAUCGAGGAAAACUCAAUACGAGGAAUUUAUCUACCGUUGUGAGGAUGAAAGAUUCGAGCUGGAUGGUGUAAUAGAAACAAAUGCGUCCACGAUCAGGGUACUCGAAGGUGUUCACAAGAAAAUGAGUAGAAUGAGCCAGGAAGAGCUGCAGAAGUUCAAGCUCGACGAUUGUCUCGGUGGUUGUUCUCCUACGAUUCAUCAAAGAGCCUUGAAGAGGAUAUACGGCGACAAGGCUGCCGAUAUCAUAGAAGGCCUUAAGAGGAAUCCCGUGGUGGCGGUACCUGUGGUUCUCCGACGAUUAAAAAGUAAAGAAGAAGAAUGGCGGGAGGCUCAAAAAGGUUUCAACAAAAUCUGGAGAGAACAGAACGAGAAAUACUAUUUGAAAUCCCUGGACCAUCAGGGCAUCAACUUCAAACAAAGCGACGUAAAGGCGUUAAGAUCUAAAAGUUUAUUUAAUGAGAUCGAGACAUUGUAUGACGAGAGACACGAACAAGUGGACGAUGGCGCCGGAGACGGGCAAAAUAAUAGCGGUCCACAUCUUGUGCUACCCUAUAAGGACAAAUCUGUUUUGGAUGAUGCAGCUAAUCUUCUAAUUCAUCACGUAAAGCGUCAGACGGCCAUCCACAAAGAGGACAAGCAACGAAUAAAGCUUUUAUUGAAGCAUUUUAUACCUGAUCUUUUCUUUCAUCCACGUCAAGAACUCAGCGACGAUGAGAGAGACGAAGACGAUGAAAAAGAAGACUUGAAUGUGGCAGCGUGUAGUAAUUCUCAAUCAGUGACAAUGAAUACUUCGCCGUUGGGUGGUGGGCUCCAAGCGAAUAGGAAUAAGGCGCCAGUGUCUCCAAUUCCGUCUUCCACGUCGAUUAAAACCGAACCAGACAUUAAAUUACCCAUCCAUGCCUUGUCGAAUGAUCCCGAGGAAGCGUACACACUCUUCAUGGGUAGUAACAAUUGGUACCUCUUCUUGAGGUUACAUCAUAUCCUCUGUGAAAGAUUAACAAAGAUGUACGAGAGGGCUGUCGCACUUGCUGAAGAGGAGUCGCGGUACAAACAGCAACGGAAGGAGAGUACAGCUGUUGCUUUAAGAUUAAAACCCAAAAACGAAAUUGAAAUCGAGGAUUACUAUCCUGCAUUUUUGGAUAUGGUUAAAAAUGUCCUAGACGGUAACAUGGAGAGCACCGCUUACGAGGAUACCUUGCGGGAAAUGUUUGGAAUCCACGCGUAUAUUGCCUUCACGUUAGACAAAGUUGUAACAUAUGCUGUGAGACAAUUACAGCAUUUGGUUUCGGAUCCUAUAUGCCAACAAUGUAUGGAAUUGUUUCAACGAGAACAAAGACAACCAAAAGAAAGCAAUGGUGCGGGUGGUUUAUGCGCUACCGCAUACAUGAGACUUGGUGCAGAAAUGGCGUAUCAACGUAAAGCUGAGAAAGCCAUGGCAGAUGAGAAUUGUUUUAAAAUAUAUAUAUAUAAAAAGAACUGCAAAAUGACAAUGGAAUUAUUGGAUACGGAAGGUGAUGAGGCGAUGGACAACAGUUGUAGGGAAAGAGAAAGGGAAGGAGUUACAGUAUCUGAAAAAUGGUCUACGUAUGUUGAGAGGUUUUCUGCUCCAGCUGGUCAGACUAGUCCGAAAGACACCCCCACCUUAACAGACAAUGAGCCGACAACCAAUCAUCCUGUGAGUAACGACCAGGCAGCAAGGGGGGGGAGGGGCAGAAAGCGCAAGAACACUGACAUUAGCAAGAAGAUGGAUGGAAGUGGUUGGAGUUCUUUAGGCAGAAUCUUGGCAGGACGUAAGCCUGUAUUUCUAUAUCGUAAUGUAAGACAGUGGAGGAAAAGGGCUGCAAGAAUGAUGUCAGCAUCUAUACCUAACACUAACAAUCCCGAAAAGGGUGCAGAAGCAACAGACAAAGAUAAGGCACUUGAUACUGUAGAUGCACUUCUUAAACGACCUACUGGUUUGAGAUUAGCAGAUUCUGGGGAUACUUCUGACAUUAUUAACUCUGAUGAAACCCAAUGCAGAUUCAAUCCCAAUAGUUACCAAAUGCUUUAUGUUGCUAGCAAGGAAGCAUUCCUUUACAAACAGAACUCGUUCAAUCGUGCCAGAGAGUGCCAUCCAGCCGUGACGAAACACUUAAAUUCGAAGUUUCACCAGUGGUUGGCGUCCUGGGCGUCUAAAAAUGUUGCGGACAUACAGCAUCGGUUAUGUCAAGACUGGUUAAUGGGUCGUUACGAGAAUUUAAUUCCUCACAAGACACGAGUGAUCACAGACAAUGACCAAACUAGAUCACCUUACCGACAAUACAAUCGUUAUCGAGUCGAACGCUUGCAACCUGACCUUCUAACGGAACCAUGUGUAUAAUCUUACAUCCCUUAUAAUUUCUUUAUUAUUCUUUGAGAAUAUAUAAUUAUUACUGAGAGCUCGUUUCGAUAAUCUCGUAUUCGUGGAAACUUUUUUGUUAAUAAUUAGAUAAGAGAAAUAAUCGCGAAUCGAGGGCAAAAAUGAGACUGAUUCUUCGCCCGCGUUUCGCGUUUACGAACCACUAUAAGAACGUCUUGUUUUGCUGAUAGAGAUCAUUACGGCCGUAGAUAAUAAAAUGAUCGAGAAAGAAUCAUCGUUCUUUGUUACGCUCAUUGCAAUCGACUACGGCAAAAUAACGUUCGGUUCUUUAAUUGUACAGGUACGGAUAAUGGUACGAUGCCAAUGGAAAUAUCGCUGACUCGUUAAAUUACUAUUUAUAUAAAGAUUUACAAAGAUUCAUUAUAGUUAUAAAUAUGAAAUUCGCGGAUUGAACGUUAAGAACGAUAUAGACAUGUGAUAUUUCCAGUUGUAUCGGAUAUAAGCUUGUGAUCAGGUAAUAUAAGAUGAUUAGACGUAACGUUUUUUUUCUACAACGACUCAUUUACCAUCAUAUUAGGUAUGCAUACUUCAAGUAGGAUUUUACAUAAGAGAGUAAAGUUAGAAGAAAACUUUUGAUACUUUAUGUAAUCUUAAACAAUUUAGACAGGAUAUAUACUACCUUAACGUAAUUAUUGAACGUAAGCGCAGAUCGCAGAUUCACUCAGUUUUAUUUCAUCAAAUAUUUUAUUUUUGUACAUUUGUGAGAUUCUUACUAAAAGUAUUAGAUUCCGUUGUCAAUUGAAACUUUUAUUUAUAGCGAAACAGUAGAGAGUUUGAACAGAUAAUCGUAUGCGUUUAAGCGCGGAUCAGAGCAACUUAUUGAAAAUUGUAUACCUUGUUGAAACAAUAAAAAUUUUACGAAGUCUUUUCCAUACGGGAA